CGUGUCGAUCCCAGGAUCGGCCUUCCCUCAGGUUCUUCAAUGGCUUCUGUACCUGCGUCGAAAUUCCAGUGAAAACCUAAAUCUCUUCCUCUUCUCUCUCUGAGUCGCCGUGAGCUUCUGGUCAAAAGCAAUGGUGGACGUCGACAGCGCGAAGCCCCCAUCUCUCUCCGAGCAAUAUUUACUGAAAGAGAAAGAAGAGAAGGUGUCUACACCUGUUAAGCCUGUUGAAGAAGAUGCUCCCAAGACCCCCGAGGAUGCAUCAACAGUGGAAGUACCCCCAACAGAUGAUGAAGAAAACAGUGUAUCACCAGAUCCUCCUCAAGUUGUGAGCGAUGUACCUGCUCCUGCUACAGAAGUUGUUGGUGAAGAUAGCAGCAGUCCAAAUGCUGAAGAUGAUACCACAGGCAGUCUAGAAGAAAGUCAAGAAUCUGCUGAUGAGACCCCAAAGGCAGAGAUUAAGCUUGAGACAGCCCCGGCAGAUUUUCGGUUUCCUACUACAAAUCAGACUAGACAUUGUUUUACUCGAUACGUAGAAUAUCAUCGAUGCAUUGCUGCAAAGGGUGAAGGUGCACCUGAGUGUGACAAGUUCGCAAAGUAUUAUCGUUCCCUUUGCCCUGGGGAAUGGGUAGACAGAUGGAAUGAACAGAGAGAGAAUGGCACCUUUCCUGGUCCAUUAUAAAGAUGGUGCCCAAAAGCUCUUGAUUUUUUUCUGUUUUUUUCCAAGAGUGCUGGGAAAGCACAAUGAGAUAAUGAAUAAUGUUCUGGCUUUGUGUACUGAAUAGUUUACUAUCCUGUCAAAAAAUGAUUUUAUUGCAAUUUACAAGCAAUUAUUGCUGAUAAACUUCAAUUAAAACCAGCAUUGACCAUUAAUGUUAUGGCCAAUUUGGCUUCCUGUGUUUCUUUCACACAGUUGGUCCUUGAUAAUGCUUUUUUCCUCUUAUUUCUUGCACCUAAGCAUAGAUCCUAUAGUAAGCUGUAGCUCUUGUGGAUCUU